UGCUCGGCUGGCCCACCCACUCGGCCGCUGGUGGCGGGAGGUGCGACCAGCACGAGGGAAAAGGCCAGCAGCGGGGCGCCGAGGGUUACUCGACCCCGUCCCGGCGCCCCGGGACGCGCGGAAGGGGAGUGGGGGUGGGUGGCGGAGCUGACGACCUACCAGGUCUGGGGGCGUGGGCUCUCCUCCGACCUCGGGGACCCAGAGGGCCUGGGACCUGGGUCCCGCCAGCGCGCGGAGGCUGUCCAGGCGGGGGGGGGGGGGGGCGCGGAGGGUGGCCCCCGCGGACCCCGCUCGCGCCUUCCCUCCCGCUCCCUCCCUCCCCGCCUGUUGUUUUCUUCUCCUCUCCCGGCUGCGCGCCGCCGGAGCCCCACAGGACCUGGGCAGGCGGCUCCCGCCCCGGGCGCCCGCGGCAGCUGAGCGGAGCGCCCAGAGCCCGCUCCCCGUGCACUCGCUCGCCGCGUCCCUGCGGCCCGGGACGCCCGGGACAACCCCCUCCCCCCGCUUCUCCCCCCCCCCCCCCCGCCAGGGGCUUAACUCCUCUCCGACCGCCCCCACCCCAGUCCUGUCGUAGAGAAGCCUCGGCCCCACAUCUGGACCUGCUUGUUUCUUCAAAACAACAGCCCCCCCCCCCCCCCCCCCCCGGCGCGCGCGUGCCACCUCCCCUUUGCCACUAUGUACAAGCACCCUCCCCUUCUCUCAUCCCCACCUGCGGCCCUUCUCCCCACCCUCCAGCCAUUCAGCUUCGACCCCCAGGACCCAGUAAACACAGGUCUGCAGAACCGAGCCCAGCCCCCCCCCCCCCCCCCCCCCCCGCCCCGGAGUCUCCCCUCCUGGCUGUCCCUUCCCACUACCCUUGGGGCCUAGCAGGCAGGGCCACCCAAGCACACCUCUGCAGGCAUGGCCGGGAUCAGAACAGGGGGCGUGAAGACCCCAGGCCCCUUGGGAGCCCUCCAGAGCCCAGCCCUCUGGGGUCCCCCAUCCUCACCCCAGGGGUUACCAGCAACCCAAAUGCUGCCCCGCUCUGAGCUGGUGUCCCUAGCACUGGUCAUCUACGGCCAGGAUGACGGUCCUCCCGGCUCUGAGGACCCUGAGCGUGAUGACCACGAGAACCAGCCCCGGCCCCGGAUGCCUCGGAAGCGAGGCCACCUCUCACCUAAGUCCCGCCUCGUGGCCAACUCCACUCUCCUAGGGCUGCUGGCUCCCCCCGGGGAGGCAUGGGGUGUCCUUGGCCAGCCCCCCAACCGCCCGAACCACAGCCCCCCACCGUCGGCCAAGGUGAAGAAAAUCUUCGGCUGGGGUGACUUCUACUCCAACAUCAAGACGGUGGCCCUGAACCUGCUCGUCACGGGGAAGAUCGUGGACCACGGCAACGGGACCUUCAGCGUCCACUUCCGACACAACGCCACCGGCCAGGGCAACAUCUCCAUCAGCCUCGUGCCGCCCAGUAAAGCUGUAGAGUUCCACCAGGAGCGGCAGAUCUUCAUCGAAGCCAAGGCCUCCAAGAUCUUCAACUGCCGAAUGGAGUGGGAGAAGGUGGAACGGGGCCGCCGGACCUCGCUCUGCACCCACGACCCGGCCAAGACCUGCUCCCGAGACCACGCUCAGAGCUCAGCCACCUGGAGCUGCUCCCAGCCCUUCAAGGUCGUCUGCGUCUACAUCGCCUUCUACAGCACGGACUAUAGGCUGGUCCAGAAGGUGUGCCCAGAUUACAACUACCACAGUGAUACCCCCUACUACCCCUCCGGGUGACCCCGGGCAGGCCACAGAGGCCGGGCUGGGGCUGGAAGGACGGGCCUGCCCGCGGAGGAGGCCAUCUGGCUGGAUACUGGGCAGGGACACGGGAGGGACCUCAGGCAGGGAAGGGGGGUGGUGGAGAGAAGGAGAUGCCAGGUGGGGCCGGGGCCAAGUCUCACGUGGCGGUGGGGAAGGGGUCCCAAGUGCGGGGCCCCAGCCUGGGGUUGUGGAGCGGCCGGGGCAUAGGAGCACUGGAGGAGGAGUGGGGUCUCUGGGCAGCCCCGCGGGGCUCCCCUGCUGAGCGACAGGAAGGUGCUGGGCCCAGGAGACCGCUGGGGAAGGCAGACCAGUGUGGCCGGAUGAGGUCACGGAGAAGAGCCCGAAGCCUCGGCUCCCUCCUUGCCAUCCUGAGAAAGAAAAGCAACAAGGAGAGGGGUCUCUCAUCAGCAAGGGCACCGAAGGAUGGCAGAGACAAGACGGGGCUGCCCGGGAGCCAGCCCUGGGUGGGGGGAGGGGCGGGGCCGGAGGAACUCUUGAGCCCCGCUGAGUCGGCGCCCCCCCCCCCCAAGCCCAUUGUCCUGGACUGUGGACUGAACUUGGCUUCAGGCCGAAGUGGUGACCCUUGGAGUCGUUUUGACGUCUUGACGAACAGACCGUCUGCUCCCCGCCAGGCCGUAACCUUCCCAAAAUUCCCUCUCCUGCCAUUGCCGCUCCUCCCCUCCCCGCCGCCCCUGUCCACCCUUGUGCCGAUGGGGCACCCAUCCUUAAACUGCAACAGAGGGUGACUGUGGUUCUCCCACCACCAAGGCCACAGAUGGGAGCCCACCCUUGCGCUGUGUCCCCUCGCCACCCCACCCCCCUGCUGGCUCCUCUGGGAGCGUCCUCGUCCAGCCAGUAAGCCUUGCCCGUCAGCCUGGGACUCACCCGGAUGGAUACAGGGCCUUCAGCAGCUCGGGGCCGCGUGACGCCAGACUGACAAGGGCGCUGGACCUGUUCCGUGGUGUCUGUCUGUGGGUGGGGGAGGGGAGGGCGGGGUGUGCGAUCCCCUGAUUGUCAGCUUGUGUGCAGAGUCUUGUUCUGGAGCCGGGAAUAAAGCUUUCCCAGGGCA